AUGGUAGAUUGUUGUAGUUUUGUUGUUCAAAAUGGUUAUAACACUCCGUUUUGGGAAGCUAGGUGGCGGGGAGGAUUUAUUUUAAAGGAAGUUUUUCCGGAAUUGUACAAUGUUUCUUGUUUGAAAGGGGUGUCGGGUGUGGCUAUGGGAGGGCGGUUAGAUGGGAGGUGGUGUUGGAGUGAUUUUGGGCUUUCCGCGGCUUUAGCGGUAGAUCCCAGAUUAAUGGCUGGUUUUAUUUCUAUGAGGGAAAUGUUGGAGAGUUUUAGCGGUUUGUUGGAGGGUAGAGAUUUGGUGACUUGGGAUUUCAAAUCCGGGUUGGAAUUCUCGGUAGCUUCUUGUUACAAGUUUUAUGGUGACGCCUUCAUUCCUUACGGACCGCAUUACAAGUUCGAUGAUGCUUUUAGGCUUGUGUGGAAAGCAGAGGUGCCUUUCAAAAUUAAGGCAUUUGGUUGGAGACUUCUCCUUGAUAGACUUCCUACUAAGGACCUUUUGGAGUAUAGAGGUAUAUCUUUUUUCUUAGCUAAUUUAAAGUGCUCUUUUUGUGGCAUUGAUGUAGAAAGUAGGAACCAUUCUAUUUUUGGUUGUUGGGUGGUGAAGAGUAUAUGGAGAGAAAUCGCCGUGUGGGUAGAUAAAAUGAAUAGUUUGGAGGAUGAGUGCUUGCCGAAUUUUAUGGAUUGA